UGGAGACAAACAUGUCGAACGACACCACCAUCUAGGGGCGUGGAAGGACCACGUCUGCACGUAAUUGAUCGCUUUGGACAUCAUCAUAUCCGGUCUCUCUAGCCCGUGCCCCGAAUUUCGUGCACCAUCGCGGAAGUGCGUGCGUUAAGGGAGGAUAGUGCGUGAUAGCGUGUUUUUCGUAUGGCAGUGUAAGGGUGUGCGUAUGCAUGUUUGCAUGGCAUCGAUUGGCUCACUAUCGAAACCGGGCGAAUCUGCUGUGCGCAAUAAGUGUUGAAGAAAGCAAUAGGCCGCUUUUGCUAACCCGCGUCCCACCUCCCGCAUAGUAAAGAGACCGGCCAAUUCACCCACACCCGGGGUACGCUCCGAAUCCGACGACAACGUGUAAGAAGUGUGGGCGAACGUCGGUAGCCUUUUUUUGGUUUAAUUUUCGCACCGACUUUUGAAUGCGAACAUGGCAGCGCUACGGUCGCCGGAAGUGCUGGUAAAUGCCUGCACGUGGUGGAUGCGGUUCGCGCUGGUGCUGCUGAUUCUGCAAACGUUCGUCGGCGUCGAAACGCUCGAUCUAGAGAAAUGCAAAAACCCAUUAGGCAUGGAAUCGUUCGCGAUUAAUGACUCACAAAUAACGGCCAGCUCGGCGCACGACAUUGGCAACGUAGGACCACAGCAUGCCAGAUUAAAAGUGGACAACAAUGGAGGCGCCUGGUGCCCGAAGCAUAUGGUGUCCCGCGGGCUGAAGGAGUACCUGCAGAUAGAUCUGCUGAAAAUGCACGUCGUCACUGCGAUCAAAACGCAGGGCCGGUUCGGCAAGGGUCAGGGCCGUGAGUACACCGAAGCGUACGCGCUAGAAUACUGGCGUCCCGGCUUUACCAAGUGGAAGCGGUGGAAAAAUACGCGCGAAAAUGAGAUCCUGUCGGGCAACAUCAACACCUACAGCGAGGUCGAGCAAGCGCUGCAACCAAUUAUAUUCGCCUCGAAAAUUCGCAUCUACCCGUACAGCCAGUACGAUCGGACGGUUUGUCUGCGGGCCGAAAUCAUCGGCUGCGAGUGGGAAGAGGGGCUCAUCUCGUACAGCAUCCCGAAAGGAGUGAUCCGUGGCGUUGAGGUAGACCUUUCGGAUCGUACAUACGAUGGUGAAGGUGAAGGUGAUCGGCUUGUGCACGGACUCGGCCAACUGGUGGACGGUCAGAAGGGGGCCGACAAUUUUCGCAUUGAUAUACACGGUUUCGGCAAAGGUUACGACUGGGUCGGUUGGCGUAAUGACUCACUCGGAUGGGCCGGCAAACCGGUCGAGAUGGUGUUCGAGUUUGACUCGGUCCGUAACUUCAGCUCGAUGGUGCUGCACACUAACAACAUGUUCAGCAAGGACGUACAGGUGUUUGUCCAUGCGAAAGUGUUCUUCAGCAUCGGUGGCCAGCACUUUACCGGGGAGCCGGUGCAAUUUUCCUACAUGCCCGACACGGUGAUGGAAAAUGCGCGUGACGUCACGAUCAAGCUGCACCAUCGGGUCGGCCGGUACGUGCAGAUACAUCUCUACUUCGCACUGCGCUGGAUCAUGCUGAGCGAAAUCUCCUUCACCUCAGCACCAGUGACGGGUAACUUUUCCGACGAAGAAGUCAAUGGAAACUCCAUCUCGCAGGAAAACUCCAUCGAGUAUCCACUGCAGCGCGAUGAGUCCGGUAUCAACAUCGUCAACAAAGGCGAACGGAACCAUGUAACGCAAAUCAUCUCGCCGAAACCGAUCGACCAGGAACCGGAGCCCCACUUCAUCGGUGUCGUGAUAGCGAUCCUGACCACCAUCAUACUGCUGCUGAUCGUCAUCAUCAUGUUCAUCGUGGCCAAGAACAAGCGCACACGGACGGCGGCGGUGCUCGAUGCGCUCCAGCAUAAUUUGCAUACCGACAGUUUGGGCAUCGAUAAGCGUCUGAACAGCAAUUUCAAGGUAUCGAUAGACGAUAAUGAAUCGAUUGAUAAGAGCAGCCUCUAUCACGAACCGUUCAAUGUAAAUAUGUACACCAGUGCCGCCAGCGGAUGCUCGAUGAGCGACAUGCAGCGCCAUCACAUCACCCCGGACUACACAGAUGUUCCCGAUAUCGUGUGCCAGGAGUACGCCGUGCCGCACAUGCAGGACCUCAUACCGAAGAUUCCCGGCGGUUAUGUGAGCGUGCGGUUGACGCCACCAACGUUGAACAACAUCUUCCCGAAGCCACCGCCAGUGCCACCGCCGCCGGAGAAGUACUACGCUGCCACGGCCAUCUGCAAAUCGUCCACUACGCCAACGACACCAUCGAACCAGCAGCAGCAGCAGAACCAGCAGCUGAACGCCUACAGCGAUCUGGAUCUUGGCGUGUCCGACGACGAUCUGCAGCUGAGCGAGUACCCGCGCGACAAGCUGGUGAUAGUGGAGAAGCUCGGCUGCGGUGCGUUCGGUGAGCUGCACCUGUGCGAGACGAAAGGCUACAGCUCCAACCUUGUUGCCGUGUCGACGCUGCGGCCAGGUGCAUCGGAUCACAUGAAGAAGGAGUUCCGCUCGAAGGCGAAGCAGCUAAGCCGACUGAAUGAUGCGAACAUUGUGAAGCUGCUCGGAGCCUGCCUGAAGGACGAACCGAUCUGCAUCGUGCUCGACUACAAGUUCAGCACCGACCUGAACCAGUUCCUGCAGGAGCACACGGCGGAAACAGGUUCGCUGGUCCAGCACAAUUCCUUGAGUUACGGGUGUUUAAUUUACAUCGCCACUCAGAUAGCAUCCGGAAUGAAAUACCUAGAGCAGAUGAAUGUAGUGCAUCGUGACCUAGCGACAAGGAGUUGCUUAGUUGGACCACAGCUGGAGAUUAAAAUCUGUACACUAGGAACUGUGAUAAAUCGCAUAGCAUAUCCUGCUGACUACUGCCACCUUGAAGGUGCCGGAAGACAAUCACAACCAAUGCCGAUCCGGUGGAUGGCCUGGGAGAGCGUGCUAAUGGGCAAGUUCACGUCCAAGUCGGACGUUUGGUCGUUUGCCGUAACGCUGUGGGAAAUUUUAACCUUCGCCCGGGAGCAACCGUUCGAGAAUCUGAGCGACGACAAGGUGAUCGAAAACAUCGGUCAUAUGUAUCAGGACAACAAGAAACACAUUUUGCUUCCAAUACCCGUCGGAUGUCCGCGCGAAAUCUACGAUCUGAUGUGCGAAUGCUGGCAGCGUAACGAGGCGAGCCGGCCAAACUUCCGCGAAAUUCAUCUGUUCUUGCAGCGGAAAAAUCUUGGCCCAACCGCACACCGUUCUAGCUGAUCCAGUCCGGUUGAUGACGGCCAAGCGAACGAAAACGCUGACCAGAAACUAGUGAGGGCGAAACCGGAGCCCACCACUGUUGAAGUCUUGAAAGUCUUUCAAAAACUGCUUUUGAAAAAACACGGAAAAAUCAACCUUGGUGCAAAAAAAAAUCGAUGCUCAUAGAGGCGUGGUGAAAUAGAGAACAGACGUAACGGCUGGACGGGUUGGAUGUAAUUAUUAGUUGUAAUUACACGAGAUCAGCCCCAGAACGGGUAUUGGUCAGACAGUUUGGGUGUCAUACGUACGCAAGUGAUCGUACAUCCUUCAAGUCGCGUGUUCAUCGACAUUUGGCAGCAGUAAAAACAGAACCAUAUCGAAGACCGGAUGAUGCACUCGAAUUCGAACUGAAAAUGUAAAAGCCGCACGGAAAAGGACGACCGAGAAGUGGGGAACACUGUGUGAUGUAUUUAGGUUUGCAUACGGCAACGAAACGAAACGAAGAAGGAAACAAAACCUAUCGAUCCCACCAACAAACGAAAUUUGGACACAAAUUUGUGCGCACGAAAAGAACGUAUAUGAUCAGCUUAAUGCUCCGUAAGUUAUAUGUGCUUUACUAUAUUCAUUUUUUGAUAUUCUAUCCCAUUGGUCCCCAUUGGUACUCUUCUUUUUUUUUUGUUUUGAUGUUUCCUUCGAGUCGCGGAGAAUUUUAAAAAAUGAGAUUUAAUUCAUAAAACAUCAUUGCAUCAUUUUAAAAGUAGAACAAGAAAUCGAAAAAAAAACAAAGCGGUCACACAAGAAAAAAAAACAAACUCCCAAAUAACGCGCCAUGUGUAAAAACAAACUGAAAGCAGUAAACACACGCUGUCGGUACAGUAGAGCGUAAGGUAAUUACCCAAAUAAUUGGUAAGAAUAAUGUAAACGAGAAACACUAACACAAAAUGUAAGUAGCACUGUAAAGAACCAUUACUCCUGUGUACAAUUGAUGAGUAGCAGCACGUCGCCGAAGAACGAUCGCGAUCAUCAGUAAGUUUCAUCUGUUCCUUUACGAAAACUGGUCUUUUAUGUUCGUUGUGUGUUCGUUUUUUUGGUUUGGGUUCUUUUACUACUAGUUCCUUCUUUUUUUCCUCUAA